UGAGCGUGGUGAGGAGGAAGAAGAAGAAGCGGGUUUUGGGGACACAAGUGAGUGACUGGAGGGCGUGAGUGGGUUCUAGCCAGCACGGGCUUUUGACAGUUGUGCUAGUUGUGUUGUGACAGGAAGAAUUUGCAUUGUUUGCGUCGCGCAGCGAAGACGAGGGGUGCCACGAUCGCGCAGUGAGAUCUGGAGCGCGCGAGAGAGUGUUUUGAGAGUGUAAUUCAGGUGAAAACUAGCAUUUCUCGUGAUUACGAUAAUUAUGUUUCCCCGCGGCUUCGCCGCCGCAGCCUCCUCCGAUCUGUUGCGCGAGGGGCGCGUCUGUAGAAGAUGAAGCAGUGGUGAAGUACGUGAACGACCUCGAAAUUGAAAUUUUGUGCCGCACAAUAAACACAGUAGCGGCCGCGGAUCGCCGUGUCUCCGAUAGGCUUCAAUGAUCGGCGCCGAGUUUUGAAAGUUUUUCCUCCGGGCGGGCCCUUCGCGGGUGGAAAAGUCGGUGAAAAGAAGUGGCUUGCUUUGAUAUAAUAAGGUUUUCCAACCGCCAACAGCGCGAUCUCGGAUGCUGGCCGACGACUUCGAUUAUCGGUAAUCGCGCUGCACGCGAUCCGACCCUGGGACGUCUCCGCGGUUGACGGACAAAAGAAAUCGUGACGGACUCCGUACGGAGCGUGAAAAUCGCAUCUAAUUACCCCUCGGACCGCGAUGACCCAAAAGUGCUAAGAACCCCCCGCAGAGGUCGCACCCAAUCCAAUGAAGAUGAGUGUCAACAGUGCCGCUGGGCCACCCAGCCUGACCGCAACCCUCGCAAAUCCGGGUCCGCCCAGUUCCGGAUCCUCGCAACCGGUGUCCCCGCACCAACCGUCCCCACACCCCCUCAACGGAACCGGUCUCUGGGACAUCCCAGGGUCACAAGUGGUGACGGCCGCCUCCGGCGGCGCCACCACCACCGAACCCCCAAUGUCCCUGUCCUCGCUGUCCCGGCUCAACAGCAUGGAGUGCUGGGACUACACGAUCGAGCUCGAGUGUCUGCGCGGACCGGAAGGUGAGGACGACGACGACUCGGCCGCUGCAGGCUGCUUUCAGUCCCGGCGAGAUCUGGGCGAUCUGCAACUGGCGGCGGAACUCGGGAAAACCCUGCUGGAACGGAACAAGGAGCUCGAAAGUGCACUCAAACACCACCAGAACAUCAUCGAGGAUCAGGCACAGGAAAUCGAGUACCUGACGAAGCAGAAUGGCGCCCUGCGGGAGGUCAACGACUCGCGGAUGAAGAUCUACGAGCAGCUCGAAGUCAGCAUACAGGACCUCGAACGGGACAAGUACAAGUUAGCGUUAGAGAACCAGGCCGAGAAGAAGCAUGUCAAAACCUUGUGUCGCAACAUUGAAACGCUCGAGGCGAAGGUCGACGAGCUGACGAAAACCAUGGACGACGUCCGGAGGCAGCUGGACGCCGAACGGAAGAAGAACGAACGCCUCCAGAGUGACAGCCUGAGCGGAAACGGUGCCGGUUCCCGCGUCCAGCUGCGACCGGUGGCCGGUGGCGACGGCGACGAUGCCAGCCUCAGCGGACCUGACGAAGAUGAGAUCACCGAGAUCGACACUUCAAAGCCGGAAAACUUUUCGUUCGCCUUCCGCGACCAGUCCCACUCGACGGACGUCACCGACGGCAGUCACCUUGGGCAAAGCUUUUCCCACCAGCACGGAGGCCAUCACACCAACCAUCAGCUGUCGGACCUCAAUCUGGCGGAGGAGAACGAGGAACUGAUCCGGAUAAUGCAGGAGCUGGAGCGGACGCGCAAGUGCUUCGUGGCGGAACAGAACCGGGUGGCGGAACUGGAGGAACAGCUCGCGGCGAUCGCCCAGGAGAACCAGAUCCUGCAGAGCAAGAUAGUGCAAAUCAACACCACGGAGGAGAUGAAAUCCGUGCACGAGGAGCUGUCGAUCCUGGAGGAAGUCAGACAAGGCCAAAUGUGCACGCGCUGCCUGCGCGGCUUCGAGGACCGACCGGAUGACGAGUCCAUCAUCACCGGCACCGACGCCGACGACGACCGCAGCCUGAUGGAUCUGAUCCAGAACGCGGCCUCGGAGGCGGGCGUCCCAUCGGCGGUGUACCGCUCCUCGGUCACGAUCAAGACUUCUUCUCCUAAGCCAGAUACCCUGGAUAUAUCGGGCACUAGUUCAAACAAUCCGUAUCGGGAGCUGGUGGCAAAGUAUGAAGCACUGCUGGAGGUCCAGAGGAAUUCGCUGAUGCGCAAGGCGAGCACGACGACGGCCACCACCUUGACCGGAGUGACCCCGCCGCAGCAAGGCCAAGCUCAGCAGUCCUCGGGUCAGCAGCAGCCGGGCGAGGAGCUCGGCUCGGGCGACUUCAGCUCGCUCAACACCAAGUUUACGGACGAGGACGGCAACAGCAAGAAGGACGACCAGAGCAGCAACGGCGGGGGCACGACGCGGCGGAAGAUUGGGCUGCGCACGCCGACGGACUUUUCCGAGGCGGAAACGACCAGCUCCGGGUUCUCGGACGAGAUCAGCAACAAGGCGACGCAGACGGACGAGCGGCCGCGGAACUUUUUGUGCACGAUCGCGGACGGGGAGGACUGCAAGUUCAGCAUCUACGAGGACCAGACGGUGAUUGAUUCGCGGUUCCGGUUCAGCCCGUCGCACCGGGAGUUGUUCCGGGAGAUCUUUGGGAUAUUGAAGAAGGCGGCGGAUAAUCGGGAUGAGGGCGAUCAGUUGCCGCUGUUGGACGAUCAGAAUCCGGUUGUUGGUGGGAAUGGGGGUAAGGGAGGAGCGCCGAAGGUUCCUCCGGUGACGCCGGCUGCGGAGGAGCCACCGAGUGAGUUUGGGGACGACACGCAGAGCGUCAUCUCGUCGGCGGUGUCCGAGCAGUCGUUUGCCAUGUCUGAGUGCAUCACCAAGUCGGAGCGGAAGAAGAUCGAGAAGCAAAACAAGUACGCCGAGAAGCACGGCGAACAGCAGCAGGAGAACAAACCUCCGGUCGGCGUUGCGGCACUUCCGGACGGCCGGAUCCUGACGCCGUACAAGCGUCAGCCGCUGGACUACCUUACGGUGGCGGUCGGAGUCAACAAGAAGAAGUCCCGACGCCGUCGGAACCGCGGAACCGGUCCCGACAUGGACCGGUCGGACUCCCCGGUGUCCAACACUCCGUCAUCGCCGCGGUGCGGCAGCUCCGGCAAGAAGGGCCGAACCCUGUACCGUCCGUGGAAUCCGAACGCCGCCUCGCCGGCCACGCCCUCCUCCUCCAACCUGGUCAGCACCUCUUCCCCCAACGGAACGGCCACCGCCGAGUGGAACGGCACCUCGAUGACCAUCUACAACCGUAGCAUCAACUCGCCAACGCCCUCCUCCCAGCAGCAGCAGCCCCGCACCCCGGCCAGUGGCCAAAGCGGGGCGGCGUCCACCUCGUUCUGCUCCCCGGUCGCGGCCAACCCGGUCCGACCCGCCAACCACAACCGGUUCGCCGACCUCGCCGACGACACGCCGGUCCAGUUCAAGCCCUCGACCGCGAGCCACGAUCUGCACAAGCUCAAGAAGCUGGACCUCUCGUACGCCGAGGUUCUGCGCCGGGCGGACCUCGGCAAGCAGCGCCAGCGCCAGCACCACCACAAGUAAGUUUUGUGUUGUUUAAAAAAAAAUCUGUGUGUUUGUGAAAAC